CACAUUAUAGCCCGCCCUCCGAUGACUCAAUCCAACAUGGCCGCCACCGUAGGAAGACUGCUCAGGACUUCUGCAGGAGUUGCAGCAGGAGGCCUGAGAGCUGCAGCCUUUAGUCACCAUGGAGCCUGCGGGAGGGUCAGGGUCCUCAUUGCUGCAGCGCUGCAGAGAUCCUCCUUCUCCACUAGCGCCUCCAGGUGGGCUCCUGCUGUCACUCAGCCUGCUCCCGCCUUCAAGGCAACAGCCGUCCACAACGGCGAGUUCAAGGACUUGUCUCUGGCAGAUUUCAAAGGCAAAUAUUUGGUCCUUUUCUUCUACCCUCUGGACUUCACGUUUGUUUGUCCAACUGAGAUCAUUUCCUUCAGCGACAAGGCCAACGAGUUUCACGACAUCAACUGUGAGGUGGUGGGAGUGUCUGUGGAUUCUCACUUCACCCACCUGGCGUGGAUAAAUACUCCCCGAAAGGCUGGAGGGUUGGGGAACAUCCACAUCCCCCUACUGUCAGACCUCAACAAGCAGAUCUCCAGGGAUUAUGGCGUGCUGCUGGAGGGUCCCGGCAUCGCUCUCAGAGGCUUGUUCAUCAUUGACCCAAAUGGGGUAGUGAGGCACAUGAGCGUGAACGACCUGCCAGUCGGCCGCUGCGUGGACGAGACUCUCCGCUUGGUGAGGGCCUUCCAGUUUGUAGAAACUCACGGAGAAGUGUGUCCGGCCAGCUGGACCCCCGACUCCCCAACAAUCAAACCAACUCCUCAUGGAUCCAAGGAGUACUUUGAAAAAGUCAACUGAGCAGAACCGCUCAAGCAGCUCUGGAAGUUCACGUCAAACUCAGUCAAUUCACAACCAACAGUCUUGCGUUGUUUGUUUAAGUCUUUUCAGGCUCAUGCUUACAUAGAAGUGUGAUUUUACUACUUAUCACCAAUAAAGACCUCAUCCCUGUA